AUGCCAGCCACCACUCAAUUACUGUUACUUGCUUUCCUCCACGUUUUUUCAGUAGCUGCGCAGAAGGACCCCAACAACCCCACCACCCAAGGCGUCAAAUGGCUAAAAAAAGGGCGCAGCGUUCUCGUGCGCGUGAGCACUCCCGACCUUCCUCUGUGGAAUAAGGAGGAGCAGAUAGGAGAGGACAUCCCGAGCGCGCUCAUUCUCAACUUCACCAUCUCCGCGGACAACCAGACGCUUCUCUUGCAAGACCAACCGUUCAUGCCUCUGCUGCAGCCGCAUACGCCCCCGCGACUCUCCGCGCCUCAGACAUCUCAAUCAUUCCGCGACUUCAAGUAUGGCACACCUAAUUUCACGGACUUACCGGUGUUCGACCUCGACUACGAUCGUAUCGCCCAUCCAAGAGACGAUCCCUCUAUCCAUUACUACAGUUAUUCCCCGAACUUGAUGAUUAAUUUGCUGGGCGCUGGAAUUGCUGGACAUAAUGCGCUGUUGAAGGAUAUGGAACAGAAAGUCAUCAAGAUAAUAUUGAGGGACCGGAACACAUUCAACCGCGCCACAACCGACCCCCCGAACCACUCUUUCGAGAUCAAAGAAGUCAAGCUGUGGGAUAGACGGCAAGGCGACUCUGUCAAUCCAGACGACCUGAAAGAAUGUACAUUGAAGUCAUGGCGUUGUUCAGAUUUCGGCGAUCAUCCUUGGUAUCGUUAUAUCUUCCGACAAAACUUUGAUGAGUAUGGGAGAAUUGGAUCGUUUAGACAUAUGGUGCUCCAGAGGUGGGCAACGCUAUACCAGAGGCUUGGAUUAUUCCGUAUCACAUUGUUGAUAGUGGUGCUUGCUAGUUUGGUUCUGUCGCCAAUACCGUAUGUUCUUUACAAGGGCGGCAAGUGGAUCAAGGCGCAACACAGGGCGAGGUCAGAAGCCGUUGCUGCUGUGUGGAAGGAUAAUGAUGAGGAGGUGGAGAGGCUACUCUUUGCAGAUGAGAGCUUGGAAAAUUUGUACGGCUCUGAAGAUACUGGACCGAAUAAAGUAUUUUCGGAGAAGCAAGUGGAUGGCAAUGAUGCCGAAGGGCCCGUUAAAAAGCCUCUGCCUCCUGUUCCUACCAAAACUGCGGAUGCACUUGAGAUUCUCCUACUCGGCUUCCUGACUGCAGCAACAGUAACAGCAAGCACUGCUAACUCCGGGAUACCUGCGCAUAAUACUAUGGGAAACCUCGGUGGAGUCUCGGUAACGCCGACGGGUAUUGAGACGGCGAUGAAGGGUGAAAAAACGAAUUCGAAGGAUCAUCGUGUGUAUGAGGCGGGCGCGGGGAGGGAGUGCAAGGUGGGCAUGCGGGUCGUGGUUUUGGGGAUGGUUGUUAUGGUUGUUGUGGGGGAAGUGUGCUGA